UGUCAGGAUGCGUGCGGUGUGUUCGGCUAUCAUCAGUUUGCCGCGAUGCAGCGAAGCAAGGGCUACGAGUGUUGGCCAGACAAGGUCGACGAGGUGUUGCUGGCCUGCAUUGAAAACUCUGCAGAUAAGACGCGAACGCAUCUGCAGUGGGCUUUCCAAUAUCUGUUGUGGGCACUACGAACCUGCUACCAGCACGCGCACAGUUGGAUCUCUAAGAGCGAUCACAUGGACGGGACAUCGCUUCGCAGUCUUUGGCGUUUAUCUGGAAAAUUUACAGCCGAUGACUUGCAUCUACGCAUCACGGAGUACUUCUGCGACAAAUUGCCCACUCUGUGGGGCGACGUCCAAGUCACUGAUAAGGAAGCGGUGGCGAUGCAGUUGGCAAAAAUAGAUGUUGAUGACGUGUUAUGGUCGAUUGUAAUAAAUGGCGUCUGCGUCAAUCUGCUUGAACGACUACGACUACAACUAGCUACGCCGCAGAAGUGAGCAUGUUGAGUUUUGUCAGCGAGUUUAUCUUUUUCUUUUAUAGAAAAUCGGAACGAGCUUUAAUACGACACUGGUUCAACAAUCCAGCACCGCAACAAUUCGCGGCAGCGGACAAUGUAGAGCAGUUGAUAGAUGUCGGGGAGCGCGUCGGCCUCUUCGUCCUGCUGCACUAUCGUAACAGCACUGGACGAACAUGCUGCGACGUUGCUCCAGAAGGGGGUCGCGCAUGGCGCUGGCUUCGGAACCUCGCAGCUAAGUCGUCACGUUUUUCCGACGCCGACAUUUCGCGACCGAACCUACAGCAGAUGCGACGUCUCUUUCUUGAAGGGCUAAAAACUUCUGACGAGUUUUGGACAGACUCGGAGAUACGAACUCAUUAUAUAUUUAUAAGGUUUUCUCCAUCCUAAGCUAUUAUAAAUGAACGUACUCCUAGCGCUUGUUUGCACAAACCGUAUCAAAGAGGCCAUGUAGACGGUCCCCAGCCAAGACGAGAAGACCUCUCUUUUCAUAUGUAAGCUGUGAUCACUCGACUGCUGACGUGA